GUGAUGCCGCAUUGAAAUUUCUCUGUUGUGUUAUACAGGGCAUGAAAGAUGACUAGCUCCAUUCUGCACGCACUGAGCAUCCUAACUAAACCCGCCGGAGAGGUUUCUGUCAGCCAGGCGGAUGGCUCCCAGCAGCAGGCGUUGCUGGAUGCCCUGGAGGCCAACCAGAGGCAGCUCCAGGAGCACCUGCAGGGCCUGCUGCAGGGAGAACCAGAGGUGGCCCAGGCUCUAGAGGCAAUACGGAACCAGAACCAGACCCAGAACCAGGCCGACUGGGCCAGGGAGCAGACGGACGACGUGACCUGGAGCUUUACCCGCGAGUGCCUGGUGCUGCUGCUAGGGCUGGCGCGCCACCUGGCCAAGCUGAGGGAGGCCUUCGAUCAUGCCCAGCAGAGCUCGCUGGCAUCCACCUCAGCAGACCCUCUCCAGCAUCAGCGCCAACGCCGCCCCAACCCAGACGCCGCGCCUCCCCUGCCCCCCGACGUGCUGAGCGUGUCCCAGCAGAGGGCGCUGUGCGCUGGGCUGCAGUUCGCCGUCACCCUGGGCCUGUGCCCGUACCUGGUGCCGGGGGUGGGCGUGCCGUUGGCGCGGCGCUCUGCUCUGGGGGCAGCGGUGGAAGGGGCGGUGAGGAGAGACGUGUCGCCAUCUCCCGAGCGGCGUCUCCUGGUGACGGCCUGCGCUCUGCUGGAGCUGGGCGCCGUGCCGUCCCUGGCCACCGAGCUCUUCACCCGACACCUGGGGGACGUCAUGGCCGCCCUCUGCCAGCUGGGACACCGCCCGCAGAGACCUGAGGGGGGCGCUGUGCUCACUGAGAAGGCUCAGUGCCUUAGUGCUGAAGAACGCAGGAAGUGCAGAGACGCUUUGCAAAGCCUGAUGGGUAAAGUCUAUCAGCCAAUCGUCAUCAAGGAGCUCUUGAUCCUUCAAGGCGGCCCAAAACAGAGCCGUGGGGGCCCCAGUGCCGGCCCUGGUCCAGGCCCAGGUGGGAGUGCAGGUGGUGGGGGGAGAGCUGCUCUGCCACAGGCCCCUGCCUGGCUGCGCCGGCUGUGUGGACAGCUGCUGUCUGAGAGGCUGAUGCAGCCCAGCGGGGUGCAGUACGUGGUGCGCGCCAUCCUGCAGGGGGGCAGCGGGGGAGAUGCAGACUGGAGGAAGUGUGACGCUGUAGCCCGUAUCCUAUCGACGUGUCCCCAGCAGUCCCUCUCACCUGAGGGUUACUAUAGCCAGGUCUGCCCACAGGUGAUAGAGCUGCUGCACUUCAAGGACAAGCUGACGGCUCAGCAGUUCCAGCGUGUGGCCACUAGUGCGGCGCUCACAAUAGUGGAGGAGCAUGCUGAGUUUGCACAUCGCUUCCUGUUAGAGCCUCUUCUUAAACCCCUCCUCUGCUGUGCAAGUGCUGCAGGAGAGGGAGAGGACAAGGGCCCUGUGGAGGAGUGGGAGCUGAGUCGCUGUGUGGAUGACGUCUACAAAGUAUGUGUGGUGGGGAACAGGCCUAGUGAGCCGCUGCUGAGGGGUCUGGCUAGAGUAUUCCCUGUCAUCUUUGACCUGUACUGCUUCACCAAGAAGAAUGUCUCCCACCUGCGCGCCCCCUGUCAGGAGAUCCUGCUAUGGCACCUCUCCCAGGCAGAGACUGGCCAGGCUCUCUCCCUCCUCAGGCAGGUCUGUGGUCUGGAGGAGGCACCAGGAGGAGGAGGAGGAGGAGGAGGAGGAGGAGGAGGAGGAGUGGCGGCAGCAGGGUGGCAGUUCUCCCCAGGCAGCGAGGGUGGGGUCAUCCUCACACCUAAAGAGUCAAUCAGUGAUGAGGAUGAGGAGCUGUAUGAGCGUGUGUGUGGUGAGCAGUGGCGUGUGGAGUGCGUUGCUCAGCUACUGGGGGAGAUGAAGGACAGUGAUCUGCCAGCCACACUCUUCUUGCAGCUUCUACAGGAGCUGACCAACAUGGCUGCCGAACAGGAAGAGGAAGUGAUGGGACAGGAAGUGGACACGUCUUCCAUGACACUGCUGGAGCUGGAGCAGCACCUGAUUGGUCGAAUGGCUGGGCGGGGCCAAAAGGUGGCUCUGCUGCAGGUGCUGGCAGUGCUGUGUGAAGGUCUACCACACACACUCUUGCUGCGCAAGCCUGCUCAGGCUAUGGAGUUCAUUGAGGCCAUGUUGCAGCGAGCCUGUGUGGGGAUGGAGCAGAGGGCAGCAGAGCAGGGGGAGCAGAACCCAGUGGAGACCCAGACCCUCCGCAUGGGGAUGGGCCUGGUGGCGGCACUCAUGUCCGGGGACACCAAGCUGAGUGGAGAUGACUACGCCGCCAUGUCCCGGCUGAUGUCACCACUGCAGCGCGUGUCAGAGCUGCACCCGGACGCCAUGGUGAGGGAACUGGCCACCGACCUCAGGGCCGCCAUCGCCACCCAUGGAGCGUACCGGCCGGACACCAUCACCCACGCCGCCAACAAAACCACCCAGCACCCUGCCAACACCCCCCAGCGCCCUGCCUCACUCUCACACGAAAGGCAGCAAACACCACUUUACCCAACACCACCGCCUCCACCACCAGCAAGCUGGGACAGGAGCAGUGGUGGUGGUGGUGGUGGUGGUGAUGGUGAUGGUGGCAGUGAUGUGGUCAUCUCGGAGUGUCUUCUGGAGGCCUGUGACCCAGAAGUGCCCACGCGAGCCGUGGCCCUCAGGACUCUCACCCGUGCUCUACAGGACCGCCACCCGGGGGCGCUGGAGAGACAGGAGACACUGCUGACGCUAUUUCUGGAAAAUCUGGAGCAUGAGGACUCAUUCAUCUACCUCUCAGCCAUCCAAGGUCUGGCCGUGUUGGCCGAUGCCUUCCCUGAGAGGAUCCUACAGAGGCUGCUAGGGGAGUACCAGGCCGGGCCCUCACACACACACUCACACUCACAGCAGCAGCAGGAGCAGCAGCAGCCUACAGCAAACACACAGCCCUCUGCCCCGCACGCUACACACACGCAACAGCAUCAGCAGUCCGCAGCUCAGGCUCAGUCUCAGCCACCUACGCGGACGGUGGAGACACGGCUGAAGAUGGGAGAGGUCCUCAUGAGAUCCAGCAGGGCCAUGGGUGAUCUGGCGCCGCACUAUGGGUACCCUCUGGUGGGUGCCUUUCUGAGUGGCACGCGGGACCCCGACCCCACCAUGCGUGCCAGCUGCCUGGCCAACCUGGGAGAGCUGUGCCAGCUACUGCGCUUCAGCCUGGGACCCCUGGCACAGGAGCUGAGUGUGUGUCUGACGUCGCUGAUAAAGACGGAGAGGGAGGCUGAGGUGCGCAGGGCAGCGGUCCACGUCAUCACACUGCUACUGAGGGGGCUCAGUGACACCGCCACACAGGUUCUGUCUGAUGUCCUGUUGGAGCUGUACCGGGCCCUGAAGUGGGCGGCUGGUUCGGACCGUGACGAGGUGGUGGUGCUGCACGCCCAGCUGGCUCUGGAGGAGUUGGACCAGGUCAUGCGCCGUCUCCUCUUCCCCCAGCAGAAGCUGGAGAAGAAGAUUGUGGUCCGGGGGCUGUGACCUUUGACCUUUCCUCUACACUUCUACCUGGGAUGGACAGAGAAGCCAA